AUGGACGCCAGGCUAAUGGAAAAAGGAAGGGUCGCAAUGGAACGAGCACGGCUCCCCAAAGACGAGACAGUUGCCCGGGUGUUUAAAAUUGACCCAGAAAACCCCCGUCCCUCUGAGCAAUACAAUGGUCUUGUACUCAGUGACCCAGCCGCCGAUUGGGAGGAAUGGUACUUCUGGUGCCCCCUGCCCGAGGGCGAGUACUACGCCAAGCCGCUUCUGGAAAUGAUGCUGAUAAUGAUGGGUACAGAUCUCUGCUAUAUCAUGAACCAGAAGCUGGACGAAAACCCGGAAUUCGACUCGGGUAUUUAUUGGAUCACUGACAUCGUUGAGAAGGACCGGGUCGACGGACCUCCUGGCAUCUUUACGAAGAUACGAAAUGAGAUCGAGACAGUUCUGAAAGAAAAUCGCUUCCCUGAGAACGAGAAACGCCGAAUUAGUCUGGAGGAGAGGUACGGGUCGAAGCCGGGUGGUUCUCCUAGCCCUUUCAGUUCGGGCAACUCGACUCCAGCGGGCAGCAGAAAGCCGAGUCCUCCUCAACAGACUCAGCAGGGUUCCUGGUGUCCUCGUUGGCCAUCCAAGGCCAUCCCUAUUGUGGACCCAAACACUGUUGGUAAGGACACCCCCAAGGGGACCCAGAGCAGUGAGACUCAGACGCCCUCCUCUGUCAGCACUCCACGACGUCCCUCCAAGGCCGUCCCAAUUGUCAACCCCACCAGUGCUCCUGCGAAGGCUUCUGCUGAUGUCCCACCUCCAGCUCCUGCUAAAGAGCUCCCAAAUGCUCCUGCUCCCACCGCAGGUUCUACCCCUAUGCACCCGCUGGAAAGUCCUAUCCCCGUGCUCACCGCAGCUCCUGCCCCUGUGCACCCUAUGGCGAGUGUCCCUGUCCCUAUGUACCCUUUGGCAAGUGUUCCUGCUCCCAUCGCAGGUCCCUAUCCUACUCCGCUUAUGAUGAAUGCACCUCGUCCUCAUUACGCCAGCAUGCCCGCUCCUUACCCCGGCAUGCCCCCUCAAUGGCCCCCUCAGGGUACUGUUUUCUACCGCUGUCCUACGUACCCCGGAAGCAGUUAUGGCACCCUGCCCAAUCCCUUCCCAUACAAUGACCCACGGUUUCACAAUACGGUACCUGUGCAUGUCGAUGCCAGAGGUUAUCCGAUCCCUCAAAGAUUUACUGAUAACACUCCACCGCCGAGCGCACCGAGAGGGCCUCGCAACGUCUUUUUGUUCAGAUAA